AUGGAUGGUGGGCAGGUUAUUAAACAAAAGAAAAUUCUUGAUUGGUAUCAACCAGAGCUUGGAGCCGGAUACAGAUCUCUCUCUCUCUCUCUCUCUCGGUCCCCUCCAGCCCCCUCUCCCACUCGCCCACUGGCCUGCUCGGCUGUUCCCCACCCAGCUGCUUGCCCGUCGCUCCCACCCGCCCGUCUUUCUCACCUGCUCUCCCGCCUGCUCGCCCGUUCUCUCCCAACCGCCCGGCUCCUCACCUCCCGCCUGACCGCCUACUCACCUCCGUCUGCUCACCUCUCGUCUCCUCUCCUCCCGUCUGCCCACCUCCCCCCUGCCUGUUCGCUCACCUCCCGCUGCCCACCUCCCUCCCUCCCUCCCGCCUGGAGUCUCCUCACCUCUUUGGAGCUGCACGCCAACUGUUCGUUGAAUUGUCCCUUACAGCAGUUUGUUCUUGUCUCGUCCUCUAUCGGGGCCUUGCUCUCACGUUGCGGGGCCGUGCUCAGCUUAGGCUUUGAGCAGGCCCAGACGCAGCUGCCUGGGUGGACACACACGUGUGAUUGGCUUCGUUGUUUUGGACCGGCCACUUUGUUCUUGCGCAGGGGUGGUGUCAUGGCCACUCUCCCUCCUCCUCCGCCUUUGCGUCCGCCGCAGGAGGCUUGGGUUGGUGGUACCAGUCUCUGUGGUAUCAAGCCAACUUGGUGGCGCAUUUGGGAGGAGCGCAACAAUAGGGUCUUUAGGAGCACCUUCUUUCUGUCGGAGUUUGUGGCUCAGCUUGUGCAGGAAGAUGUUCAUUUUGUCAUUCAGCUGCGGCGUCGUCUUCUUUCUGCGACUGAGAGAUGAUGUCGGUCCGUCCUUCCACUCUUUUUCUACCCCUUUUUUUGUUUUUUUGUACGUUGUAUUUAUACUUCUUUUGCUUUUGUCUUGCGGUUUGUUACUGUAACUAUGGUACUUC